CUAUUCUUCGUUGAUCACAUAAUCAACACCCAACUCUCCAACCACUUCACCCCUCUCCCUCCACCUCCCGAAACACUGGAAAUCCACAAGCGGCCGGAGAGCGGCGACGGGCCAGCGGCAGAGAAGCUGGGGGUGGUACCGGAACCGCACGGAGUCGUAACGGCUCAAUCAGAGAAGCCCAGUCGUGGGGACCUACCGACGACUAUGGACGGGCUGGCGGUGGAGGUUCGCGGCUCGAACGGGGCCUUCUACAAGGUAAAGGAAAUUGUGCAGUCAUUAACGUUAGCUAACGAUGCAAAACUGGUGAACAAUUGCAAAUAUAGAUGUCGACGAAUAGUUUUGUUCUAACUAACUAGCAAAUUAACGUUGCGAACUCUAACUAGCUGGCAGAUUUAGUUAGCAGCAUCAUUCAUUGAGAGCAGGCCCAACAAAUGAUAAGGUCGCUAUUCCUAGAUUUGUUUUUUCUCCAUCAGGUCACGGUUGGGCAUUGUGGGGCACGCUUGUCGUGGCCUGGUUUUGGUCAAUUCCAAAUGUCUAUUUUACACUUUGUUGUCUGUCUUGAGCUGGUCAGCUAACCAUCUUCUCGGGGCACUCCUUUCUUUGGAAGGAGUUGCUUGCUAAUCACUUACAUUUGCUAGCGAGAAUGAAGGCGGUGGAGGGAUGCCAUAUCUAAAAUGUUAUGAAAUAUCGACCUGUUUGUUUACUGUCCCGGAUAACACCUAGCAAAGUAAGUAGCCGAACUAAUGAACUGCAUUACGUCAGUCUUUCUAAGCAGGUAACUACCAUAAGCUGUCAAAUUAUUUACACUUUCACACUGUUUCCUAACACGUUUUUCUUUUUCUUCCUCCAAUUCUGAGUCAGCUGAGGCUGAGUCAGCCUGCGUUAUUACAGUGAAUCCAAUGAUUUACAUUGAUAGUCAGUCAUAUCAUGGCUGUUUCCAAACCUAAUCAUCACACUACAAUGACAUAAUAACCAAAUUUAGGUGACUCAACAUAAGGGAGUCAAUGCAUUCAUUUCAUUAUGAGGAUGUCAGUUAUUUUAAUCAUUGAGUCAAAUGACUUCAUUCAACGUCAGUAAGGCAGAAGUCCUUGUGUGAAUGGUUGCUGUAGUUUAAUAAAACAGACAGUUUGUGUACUGGCAGACAGUUGAAUAGGCCCUAGUGAUUUGCUAUGGGUUGAAUGGCCUAGUUCAGCCUGCCUGACAGUGACUGAAGAACUGAAGCAGGUGUUGGUGGAACAGGUGAUCCUAAUCGCAGCACUACGCCAGUCCAAAACAGCCUCCCCCUCCCACGCUCUCCUCUCCCUCUUUUUCUUCCCAUCUUUCCAUUGUAUCAUUCUCCACCUCUUUUCCUUUUCUUUCGUUUAGCCCUCUUUCUGUCCCUCAACAUCUCACUCACACUCUCUAGCUCUGCUCUCCCUUCGUGGUUUAGACCCCUCAAACUCAACUCUGGACCUCGAAUGCAGUUCAACUGCAUUUUUUUCAUUGUUCCCCUCUAAUUAGGGACAGAUUUAGACCUGGGAUACCAGGUGGGUGCAAUUUAAUUAUCAGGUAGAACAGAACCAGCUGGCUCCGGAUCUCACAGGGUAGGAGUUGAAUACCCCUGGUUUGGACUAUGUUUACUCUCCUCUCCCUCACACCUGUUCUGUUUUACUGUGUGACAGUUUGGCUCUACGGCCUGAAAGUGCACAAUCCAUUCACCCUUACAGUGCCUUCAGAAAGUAUUCACACCCCUUGACUUUUUUCACAUUUUGUUGCAUUACAGCCUGCAUUUUUUUUUUUUGUCACUGGUCUACACACUACCAUGAUGUCAAAGUGGAAUUCUGUUUUUUGAAAUGUUUACUAAUUCAUUAAAAAUGAAAAGCUGAAAUGUCUUGUCAAUACAUAUUCAAUGCGUUUAUGGCAAGCCUAAAUAAGUUCAGGAGUAAAAAUGUGCAUAAGUCAGAAGUUGCAUGGACUCACACUGUGUGCAGUAAGUGUUUAACAUGAUUUUUGAAUGACUACCUCAUCUCUGUACCCCACACAUACAAUUAUCUGUAAGGUCCCUCAGUCGAGCAGUGAAUUUAAAACAGAUUCAACGACAAAGACCGGCGAGGUUUUCCAAUGCUUCGCAAAGAAGGGCACCAUUGGUAGAUGGGUAAAAAAAAGCCAGACAUUGAAUAUCCCUUUGAGCAUGGUUAAGUUAUUAAUUACACUUUGGAUGGUGUAUCAAUAAACCCAGUCACUACAAAGAUACAGGCUUCCUUCCUAACUCAGUUACCAGAAAGGAAUGAGCUGUUGCUCAGGGAUUUCACCAUGAGGCCAGUGGUGACUUUAAAGCAGGUACAAAGUUUAAUGGCUGUGAUAGAAAAAAACUGAGAAUGGAUCAACAACAUUCUAGUUACUCUACAAUACUAACCGAAUUGACAGUGAAAAGGAAGCCUGUAUAGAAUAAAAAUAUUCCAAAACAUGCAUCCUGUUUGCAACAAGGCACUAAAGUAAUACUGCAAAUAUUGGAAAGCAAUUAACACUUUGUAUUCAGGAAAAAAAGUUAUGUUUGGGGCAAAUCCAACACAUUACUGAGUAUUACACUCCAUAUUUUCUAGCAUAGUGCUGGCUGCAUCAUGUUAUUGGUGUGAUUGUUAAGGACUGGGGAUUUUUUCAGGAUAAAAUAGAAAUGGAAUGGAGUUAAGCACAGGCAAAAUCCUAUUGGGAAAACCUGUUUCAGUCUGCUUUCCACCAGACACUGGGAGAUUAAUUCACCUUUCAGCAGGACAGUAACCUAAAACACAAGGCCAAUCUACACUGGCGUUGCCUACCAAGAAGACAGUGAAUGUUCCUUGUUACAGUUUUGACUUAAAUCUACAUACAUCUAUGGCAAGACCUGAAAAUGGUUGUCUAGCAAUGAUCAUUUUUUUGAAAAGAAUAAUGGGCAAAUAUUUGCAAAAUCCAGGUGUGGAAAGCGCUUAGACUUAACCAGAAAUAUUCUCAGCUGUAAUCACUGCCAAAGGUGCUUCUACAAAGUAUUGACUCAGAUGUGAAUGAGAUUUGUUUCAUUUUCAAAUCAUUUUCACUUUGUCAUUAUGGGUUAUUGUGUGUAGAUGGGUGAGUAAAACAUAUAUUUAAUCCAUUUUGAAUUCAGCCUGUAACACAAAUGUGGAAUAAGUCAAGGGGUAUGAAUACUUUCUGAAGGCACUGUAUUACUCUCCUCUCACUCACUCUUGUUCAUAACAGAGUGCGUCUUCGACAGUUUGCAAAGCUGUCAUCAAGGCAAAGGGUGGUUAUUUGAAGAACCUCAAAUAUAACAUACAUUUUGAUUUGUUUAACUCUUUUUUUUUGGGUUACUACAUGAUUCCAUAUGUGUUAUUUCAUUGUUUUGAUGUCUUCACUAUUCUACAAUGUAGAACAUAGUAAAAAUAAAGAAACCCUUGAGUGAGUAGGUGUUCUAAAACUUUUGACCGUGUGUGUGAGAGAUAUAUAUAUAUAUAUAUAUAUAUAUACACACACACACACAGUCAAAAGUUUUAGAACACCUACUCAUUCAAGGGUUUCAUUAUUUUUACUAUUUUCUUCAUUACACAUAUACAGUGGGGAGAACAAGUAUUUGAUACACUGCUGAUUUUGCAGGUUUUCUUACGUACAAAGCAUGUAGAGGUCUGUAAUUUUUAUCAUAGGUACACUUCAAUUGUGAGAGACGGAAUCUAAAACAAAAAUCCAGAAAAUCACAUUGUAUAAUUUUUAAGUAAUUAAUUUGCAUUUUAUUGCAUGACAUAAGUAUUUGAUACAUCAGAAAAGCAGAACUUAAUAUUUGGUACAGAAACCUUUGUUUGCAAUUACAGAGAUCAUACGUUUCCUGUAGGUCUUGACCAGGUUUGCGCACACUGCAGCAGGGAUUUUGGCCCACUCCUCCAUACAGACCUUCUCCAGAUCCUUCAGGUUUCGGGGCUGUCGCUGGGCAAUACAGACUUUCAGCUCCCUCCAAAGAUUUUCUAUUGGGUUCAGGUCUGGAGACUGGCUAGGCCACUCCAGGACCUUGAGAUGCUUCUUACGGAGCCACUCCUUAGUUGCCCUGGCUGUUUGUUUCGGGUCGUUGUCAUGCUGGAAGACCCAGCCACAACCCAUCUUCAAUGCUCUUUCUGAGGGAAGGAGGUUGUUGGCCAAGAUCUCGCGGUACAUGGCCCCAUCCAUCCUCCCCUCAAUACGGUGCAGUCGUCCUGUCCCCUUUGCAGAAAAGCAUCCCCAAAGAAUGAUGUUUCCACCUCCAUGCUUCACGGUUGGGAUGGUGUUCUUGGGGUUUUACUCAUCCUUCUUCUUCCUCCAAACACGGCGAGUGGAGUUUAGACCAAAAAGCUCUUUUGUCUCAUCAGACCACAUGACCUUCUCCCAUUCCUCUUCUGGAUCAUCCAGAUGGUCAUUGGCAAACUUCAGACGGGCCUGGACAUGCGCUGGCUUGUGCAGGGGGACCUUGCGUGCGCUGCAGGAUUUUAAUCCAUGACGGCGUAGUGUGUUACUAAUGGUUUUCUUUGAGACUGUGGUCCCAGCUCUCUUCAGGUCAUUGACCAGGUCCUGCCAUGUAUUUCUGGGCUGAUCCCUCACCUUCUUCAUGAUCAUUGAUGCCCCACGAGGUGAGAUCUUGCAUGGAGCCUCAGACCGAGGGUGAUUGACCAUCAUCUUGAACUUCUUCCAUUUUCUAAUAAUUGCGCCAACAGUUGUUGCCUUCUCACCAAGCUGCUUGCCUAUUGUCCUGUAGCCCAUCCCAGCCUUGUGCAGGUAUACAAUUUUAUCCCUGAUGUCCUUACACAGCUCUCUGGUCUUGGCCAUUGUGGAGAGGUUGGAGUCUGUUUGUGUGUGGACAGGUGUCUUUUAUACAGGUAACGAGUUCAAACGGGUGCAGUUAAUACAGGUAAUGAGUGGAGAACAGGAGGGCUUCUUAAAGAAAAACUAACAGGUCUGUGAGCUGGAAUUCUUACUGGUUGGUAGGUGAUCAAAUACUUAUGUCAUGCAUUAAAAUACAAAUUAAUUACUUACAAAUCAUACAAUGUGAUUUUCUGGAUUUUUGUUUUAGAUUCUGUCUCUCACAGUUGAAGUGUACCUAUGAUAAUAAAUUACAGACCUCUACAUGCUUUGUAAGUAGGAAAACCUGCAAAAUCGGCAGUGUAUAAAAUACUUGUUCUCCCCACUGUGUGUGUGUGUUAUAUAUAUAUUAAUAUAUAAAUAACACACACACAGUUACUCUGGUUUUACAAUUUAUAGGUAUGUGUUUGGGUAAAAAUAUUUUUUUUGUUUUAUUCUAUAAACUACUGACAACAUUUCUUCCAAAUUCCAAAUAAAAAUAUUGUCAUUUGGAGCAUUUAUUUGCAGAAAAUGAAAACUGGUCAAAAUAACAAAAAAGAUGCAGUGUUGUCAGACCUCGAAUAAUGCAAAGAAAAUAUGUUUUUUUAAACAACAUAAUACUAAUGUUUUAACUUAGGAAGAGUUCAGAAAUCAAUAUUUGUUGGAAUAACCCGGAUUUUCAAUCACAGCUUUCAUGCGUCUUGGCAUGCUGGGUGACUUUAUGCCACUCCUGUCGCAAAAAUUCAAGCAGCUCAGCAUUGCUUGAUGGCUUGUGACCAUCCAUCUUCCUCUUGAUCACAUUCCAGAAGUUUUCAAUGGGGUUCAGGUCUGGAGAUUGGGCUGGCCAUGACAGGGUCUUUAUCUGGUGGUCCUCCAUCUACACCUUGAUUAAUCUGGCUGUGUGGCAUGGCACAUUGUCCUGCUGGAAAAACCAAUCCUCAGAGUUGGGGAACAAUGUCAGAGCAAAAGAAAGCAAGGUUUCUUCCAGGACAACCUUGUACGUGGCUUGAUUCAUGCGUCCUUCACAAACACAAAUCUGCCCGAUUCCAGCCUUGCUGAAGCACCCCCAGAUCAUCACCGAUCCUACACCAAAUUUCACAGUGGGUGCGAGACACUGUGGCUUGUAGGCCUCUCCAGGUCUCCGUCUAACCAUUAGACGACCAGGUGUUGGGCAAAGCUGAAAAUUGGACUCAACAGAGAACAUGUCCUCUACGGUCCAAUCCUCAUGGUCUUUUGCAAACCUCAGCCUGGCUCUCCUUUUGCUUCUCAUUGAUGAAGGGCUUUUUUCUAGCUUUACACGACUUCAGCCCUGCCCCUAGGAGCCUGUUUUGAACCGUCCUCACCGUGCACUUCACCCCAGCUGCCGUUUGCCAUUCUUUUUGUAGGUGACUUGAUGUCAUCCUACGGUUGUUGAGUGACAUUCGAAUGAGUUGGCGGUCAUCCCGGUCAGUAGAGUCGUUUUCGCCAUCUGCCGGUCUGUAGCUUUGUUGUCCCCAAUGUCUGCUGCUUGACCUUGUUCUUAUGAACCGCAGUCUUUGAAAUUUUAAGGAUGGAAGCAACCUGAUGCUCACUGUAUCCCUCUGCCAGUAAAGCCAGAAUUGAACCCUUCUUUUCCUCACUCAACUUUCCUUUUCAACUCUUUUGGCAUGGCCAAUAGUUAUUUAUUGAUUAAUAUUACUUUUGAGGUACUAUUAGCACUGUUUGCUAUCCAGCUGGUCCUAUUGCAUGAGGAUAGUGAUGACCACAGCAGUGGUUUUUUAUACUUUUCCUCGUUAAAUAAGAUUAGGUUCAGGUGAUGACCUAAUCAGUACCUAAUUCAGUAGAAUGAGGUGUGCCUGUUUUGGAAUUCAACAGACACUGGAAUGGCUGUCAUACAUGUAGAGAUGCUGAUUUAAGAAACAUUUGCAGUGGUCUCUUAAUUUUUUCCACAGCUGUGUAUGUGUAUACAUGUGUAUGUAUAUAUGUAAAUAUGUGUGUAUGUAUAUAUGUAAAUAUAUGUGUGUGUGUGUGUGUAUGUAUGUAUGUGUGUAUAUAUAGACACAUACAUACAUACAUACAUACAUACAUACAUACAUACAUACAGUGGGGGAAAAAAAGUAUUUAGUCAGCUACCAAUUGUGCAAGUUCUCCCACUUAAAGAUGAGAGGCCUGUAAUUUUCAUCAUAGGUACACGUCAACUAUGACAGACAAAAUUAGAAAAAAAAUCCAGAAAAUCACAUUGUAGGAUUUUUAAUGAAUUUAUUUGCAAAUUUAUGGUGGAAAAUAAGUAUUUGGUCAAUAACAAAAGUUUCUCAAUACUUUGUUAUAUACCCCUUGUUGGCAAUGACACAGGUCAAACGUUUUCUGUAAGUCUUCACAAGGUUUUCACACACUAUUGCUGGUAUUUUGGCCCAUUCCUCCAUGCAGAUCUCCUCUAGAGCAGUGAUGUUUUGGGGCUGUCGCUGGGCAACACUGACUUUCAACUCCCUCCAAAGAUUUUCUAUGGGGUUGAGAUCUGGAGACUGGCUAGGCCACUCCAGGACCUUGAAAUGCUUCUUACGAAGCCACUCCUUCGUUGCCCGGGCGGUGUGUUUGGGAUCAUUGUCAUGCUGAAAGACCCAGCCACGUUUCAUCUUCAAUGCCCUUGCUGAUGGAAGGAGGUUUUCACUCAAAAUCUCACGAUACAUGGCCCUAUUCAUUCUUUCCUUUACACGGAUCAGUCGUCCUGGUCCCUUUGCAGAAAAACAGCCCCAAAGCAUGAUGUUUCCACCCCCAUGCUUCACAGUAGAUGUGGUGUUCUUGGGAUGCAACUCAGCAUUAUUUGUCCUCCAAACACGACGAGUUGAGUUUUUACCAAAAAGUUAUAUUUUGGUUUCAUCUGACCAUAUGACAUUCUCCCAAUCCUCUUCUGGAUCAUCCAAUGCACUUUAGCAAACUUCAUUUACAUUUUAGUCAUUUAGCAGACGCUCUUAUCCAGAGCGACUUACAGUUAGUGAGUGCAUACAUUAUUUUUUUUUCAUACUGGCCCCCCGUGGGAAUCGAACCCACAACCCUGGCGUUGCAAACGCCAUGCUCUACCAACUGAGCUACAUCCCUGCUGGCCAUUCCCUCCCCUACCCUGGACGACGCUGGGCCAAUUGUGCGCCGCCCCAUGGGUCUCCCAGUCACGGCCAGCUACGACAGAGCCUGGAUUCGAACCAGGAUCUCUAGUGGCACAGCUAGCACUGCGAUGCAGUGCCUUAGACCACUGCGCCGCUCGGGAGAUACGAGUGGCAUCUUCAGACGGGCCUGGACAUGUACUGGCUUAAGCAGGGGGACACAUCUGGCACUGCAGGAUUUGAGUCCCUGGCGGCGUAGUGUGUUACUGAUGGUAGGCUUUGUUACUUUGGUCCCUGCUCUCUGCAGGUCAUUCACUAGGUCCCCCCGUGUGGUUCUGGGAUUUUUUUGUGAUAAUUUUGACCCCACGGGGUGAGAUCUUGCGUGGAGCCCCAGAUCGAGGGAGAUUAUCAGUGGUCUUGUAUGUCUUCCAUUUCCAAAUAAUUGCUCCCACAGUUGAUUUCUUCAAACCAAGUUGCUUACCUAUUGCAGAUUCAGUCUUCCCAGCCUGGUGCAGGUCUACAAUUUUGUUUCUGGUGUCCUUUGACAGCUCUUUGGUCUUGGCCAUAGUGGAGUUUGGAGUGUGACUGUUUGAGGUUGUGGACAGGUGUCUUUUAUACUGAUAACAAGUUCAAACAGGUGCCAUUAAUACAGGUAACGAGUGGAGGACAGAGGAGCCUCUUAAAGAAGAAGUUACAGGUCUGUGAGAGCCAGAAAUCUUGCUUGUUUGUAGGUGACCAAAUACUUAUUUUCCACCAUAAUUUGCAAAUAAAUUCAUUAAAAAUCCUACAAUGUGAUUUUCUGGAGAGAAAAAAAUUCUCAUAUUGUCUGUCAUAGUUGACGUGUACCUAUGAUGAAAAUUACAGGCCUCUCUCAUCUUUUUAAGUGGGAGAACUUGCACAAUUGGUGGCUGACUAAAUACUUUUUUUUCCCACUGUACGUACGUACGUACGUACGUACGUACAUGUAUACGUGUGUGUCUGUAUAUAUAUAUAGAUAUAGAUAUAGAUAUAGAUAUAGAUAUAGAUAUAUAUAGAUAGCUCAAAAAAAUAAAGGGAACACUAAAAUAACACAUCCUAGAUCUGAGUGAAUGAAAUAAUCUUAUUAAAUACUUUUUUCUUUACAUAGUUGAAUGUGCUGACAACAAAAUCACACAAAAAUGUUCAAUGGAAAUCAAAUGUAUCAACCCAUGGAGAUCUGGAUUUGGAGUCACCCUCAAAAUUAAAGUGGAAAACCACACUACAGGCUGAUCCAACUUUGAAGUAAUGUCCUUAAAACAAUUCAAAAUGAGGCUCAGUAGUGUGUUGCCUCCACGUGCCUGUAUGACCUCCCUACAACGCCUGGGCAUGCUCCUGAUGAGGUGGCGGAUGGUCUCCUGAGGGAUCUCCUCCCAGACCUGGACUAAAGCAUCCGCCAACUCCUGGACAGUCCGUGGUGCAACGUGGCGUUGGUGGAUGGAGCGAGACAUGAUGUCCCAGAUGUGCUCAAUUGGAUUCAGGUCUGGGGAGCGGGCGGGCCAGUCCAUAGCAUCAAUGCCUUCCUCUUGCAGGAACUGCUGACACACUCCAGCCACAUGAGGUCUAGCAUUGUCUUGCAUUAGGAGGAACCCAGUGCCAACCGCACCAGCAUAUGGUCUCACAAGGGGUCUGAGGAUCUCAUCUCGGUACCUAAUGGCAGUCAGGCUACCUCUGGCGAGCACAUGGAGGGCUGUGCGGCCCCCCCAAAGAAAUGCCACCCCACACCAUGACUGACCCACCGCCAAACCGGUCAUGCUGGAGGAUGUUGCAGGCAGCAGAACGUUCUCCACGGCGUCUCCAGACUCUGUCAAGUCUGUCACAUGUGCUCAGUGUGAACCUGCUUUCAUCUGUGAAGAGCACAAGGCACCAGUGGCGAAUUUGCCAAUCUUGGUGUUCUCUGGCAAAUGCCAAACGUCCUGCACGGUGUUGAGCUGUAAGCACAACCCCACCUGUGGACGUCGGGCCCUCAUACCACCCUCAUGGAGUCUGUUUCUGACCGUUUUGCAAUUACAGAGAUCAUACGUUUCCUGUAGGUCUUGACCAGGUUUGCACACACUGCAGCAGGGAUUUUGGCCCACUCCUCCAUACAGACCUUCUCCAGAUCCUUCAGGUUUCGGGGCUGUCGCUGGGCAAUACGGACUUUCAGCUCCCUCCAAAGAUUUUCUAUUGGGUUCAGGUCUGGAGACUGGCUAGGCCACUCCAGGACCUUGACAUGUUUCUUACGGAGCCACUCCUUAGUUGCCCUGGCUGUGUGUUUCGGGUCAUUGUCAUGCUGGAAGACCCAGCCACGACCCAUCUUCAAUGCUCUUAUUGAGGGAAGGAGGUUGUUGGCCAAGAUCUCGCAAUACAUGGCCCCAUCCAUCCUCCCCUCAAUACGGUGCAGUCGUCCUGUCCCCUUUGCAGAAAAGCAUCCCAAAAGAAUGAUGUUUCCACCUCCAUGCUUCACAGUUGGGAUGGUGUUCUUGGGGUUUUACUCAUCCUUCUUCCUCCAAACAUGGCGAGUGGAGUUUAGACCAAAAAGCUCUAUUUUUGUCUCAUCAGACCACAUGACCUUCUCCCAUUCCUCUUCUGGAUCAUCCAGAUGGUCAUUGGCAAACUUCAGACGGGCCUGGACAUGCGCUGGCUUGAGCAGGGGGACCUUGCGUGCGCUGCAGGAUUUUAAUCCAUGACGGCGUAGUGUGUUACUAAUGGUUUUCUUUGAGACUGUGGUCCCAGCUCUCUUCAGGUCAUUGACCAGGUCCUGCCAUGUAUUUCUGGGCUGAUCCCUCACCUUCCUCAUGAUCAUUGAUGCCCCACGAGGUGAGAUCUUGCAUGGAGCCCCAGACCGAGGGUGAUUGACCGUCAUCUUGAACUUCUUCCAUUUUCUAAUAAUUGCGCCAACAGUUGUUGCCUUUUCACCAAGCUGCUUGCCUAUUGUCCUGUAGCCCAUCCCAGCCUUGUGCAGGUCUACAAUUUUUUUACAUUUACGUCAUUUAGCAGACGCUCUUAUCCAGAGCGACUUACAAAUUGGUGCAUUCACCUUUUUUUUUUGGGGGGGGGGGGGGGGGGAUUACUUUAUCUUAUCCCAGGUGUUCCUUAAAGAGGUGGGGUUUCAAAUGUCUCCGGAAGGUGGUGAGUGACUCCGCUGUCCUGGCGUCGUGAGGGAGCUUGUUCCACCAUUGGGGUGCCAGAGCAGCGAACAGUUUUGACUGGGCUGAGCGGGAACUGUGCUUCAGCAGAGGUAGGGGAUAUCCCUGGUCUCUGGUCUUGGCCAUUGUGGAGAGGUUGGCGUCUGUGUGUGGACAGGUGUCUUUUAUACAGGUAACGAGUUCAAACAGGUGCAGUUAAUACAGGUAAUGAGUGGAGAACAGGAGGGCUUCUUAAAGAAAAAGCUAACAGGUCUGUGAGAGCCGGAAUUCUUACUGGUUGGUAGGUGAUCAAAUACUUAUGUCAUGCAAUAAAAUGCUAAUUAAUUACUUACAAAUCAUACAAUGUGAUUUUCUGGAUUUUUGUUUUAGAUUCUCUCACAGUUGAAGUGUACCUAUGAUAAAAAUUACAGACCUCUACAUGCUUUGUAAGUAGGAAAGCCUGCAAAAUCGGCAGUGUAUCAAAUAUUUGUUCUCCCCACUGUAUGUAUAUGUGUGUAUAGAUAGACAGAUAUAUACAUACAGUGAGUGGGAAAAAAAAGUAUUUGAUCCCCUGCUGAUUUUGUACGUUUGCCCACUGACAAAGAAAUGAUCAGUCUUAGAGACAGUUUAUUCUGUCUCUCACUGUUUACUUGAACAGUGAGAGACAGAAUAACAACAAAAAAGUCCAGAAAAACGCAUGUCAAAAAUGUUAUAAAUUGAUUUGCAUUUUAAUGAGGGAAAUAAGUAUUUGACCCCCUCUCAAUUAGAAAGAUUUUUGGCUCCCAGGUGUCUUUUAUUCAGGUAACGAGCUGAGAUUAGGAGCACACUCUUAAAGGGAGUGCUCCUAAUCUCAGUUUGUUCCCUGUAUAAAAGACACUAGUCCACAGAAGCAAUCAAUCAGAUUCCAAACUCUCCACCAUGGCCAAGACCAAAGAGCUCUCCAAGGAUGUCAAGGACAAGAUUGUAUACCUACACAAGGCUGGAAUGGGCUACAAGACCAUCGCCAAGCAGCUUGGUGAGAAUGUGACAACAGUUGGUGCGAUUUAUUCGCAAAUGGAAGAAACACAAAAGAACUGUCAAUCUCCCUCUGCCUGGGGCUCCAUGCAAGAUCUCACCUCGUGGAGUUGCAAUGAUCAUGAGAACGGUGAGGAAUCAGCCCAGAACUACACGGGAGGAUCUUGUCAAUGAUCUCAAGGCAGCUGGGACUAUAGUCACCAAGAAAACAAUUGGUAACGCACUACGCCGUGAAGGACUGAAAUCGUGUAGCGCCCGCAAGGUCCCCUGCUCAAGAAAGCACAUAUACAGGGACGUCUGUGCUCAAGAAAGCACAUAUACAGGGAUGUCUGAAGUUUGCCAAUGAACAUCUGAAUGAUUCAGAGGAGAACUGGAGCUCUUUGGCAUCAACUCAACUCGCUGUGUUUGGAGGAGGAGGAAUGCUGCCUAUGACCCCAAGAACACCAUCCCCACCGUCAAACAUGGAGGUGGAAACAUGCUUUGGGGGUGUUUUUCUGCUAAGGGGACAGGACAACUUCACCGCAUCAAAGGGACGAUGCACGGGGCCAUGUACCGUCAAAUCUUGGGUGAGAACCUCCUUCCCUCAGCCAGGGCAUUGAAAAUGGUUCGUGGAUGGGUAUUCCAGCUUGACAAGGACCCAAAACACACGGCCAAGGCAACAAAGGAGUGGCUCAAGAAGAAGCACAUUAAGGUCCUGGAGUGGCCUAGCCAGUCUCCAGACCUUAAUCCCAUAGAAAUUCUGUGAGGGAGCUGAAGGUUCGAGUUGCCAAACAUCAGCCUCGAAACCUUAAUGACUUGGAGAAGAUCUGCAAAGAGGAGUGGGACAAAAUCCCUCCUGAGAUGUGUGCAAACCUGGUGGCCAACUACAAGAAACGUCUGACCUCUGUGAUUGCCAACAAGGGUUUUGCCACCAGUACUAAGUCAUGUUUUGCAGAGGGGUUCAAAUACUUAUUUCCCUCAUUUAAAAUGCAAAUCAAUUUAUAAAAUUUUUGACAUGCGUUUUUCUGGAUUUUUUUGUUGUUAUUCUGACUCACACUGUUCAAAUAAACCUACCAUUUAAAAUUAUAUACAGAUCAUUUCUUUGUCAGUGGGCAAACGUACAAAAUCAGCAGGGGAGCAAAUACUUUAUUCCCUCACUGUGUGUGUGUGUGUGUGUGUGUGUGUGUGUGUGUGUCUCAAGAUCUAGAUAGUGGACCAUACUUAUAGGAUAUUUUUCUGCAUUUGUAACAUUUUGUGGUGAUUUCAGAGGUGACACCAUAUGUCCUAGAGUGGUGGUGGGUUGUUUUCCUGGGGCCCAGAGUUUUUCCUUAUCUGGUAGACUAACCUAACCAGGUAAAAUUCAGUUCCCUAGUUGUAUGGUAUGACACAGUAAUAAAUCAGCUGUAAAACUGAUUUAUAUGGACUAUGAUGGGACCAGAUAUUUUCUAAUCAGCUCAUAUGGUUGAAAAAAACUAGACGACUGCAAUUGGACAAUAGAACUAACACGGCUGAGCUUGCUUUAUGUAGGGCUGCAUCGUGUAGGCCUUGCAUCUGUAAUUAAAAAGUUAACCAACCGCAUUCACUUUUUUGACUCAUCACAUACGCUGCUGCUACGGUUUAUCUAUCCUGUUGCCUUGUCAUUCUAUUCCUAGUUAUAUGUGCAUAUCUACCUUGUACCUCUGCACAUCGACUCAGUACUGGUACCCCAUGUAUAUAGACAAGUUAUCGUUACUCAUUGUGUUUUUAUCACUGUUACUUUUCUAUUUCUAUUUUAUUUCCCUGUAUUGUUGGGAAAGGGCCAUAAGUAAGCAUUUCACUGUUAAUCUGCACCUGUUUACGAAGCAUGUGAUGAAUAACAUUUUAUUUGAUUUAUUGUGUUGAUUUAAUGCCAGUCAAUCAUUUUGGAUUGAUAAGGUUUAGGUAGCCUAGCCACCCAGAGUUUGAAUAUAAACCAAAUUUGAUGACAUUUUACAUUUUCUCUUAACACAAAUAAAUAGGCCUAUGUUAGACUAGAAAUGCAUAGCUUAGGCUAGAAAUACAUGUUACUGCUUUGUUUCCCCUGGCCAGAGGGGAUCACAGCGCCUAGGCUUCUCAUGGCUACCUGCAGCUGUGUUUAUCAGUAGGCUACUGUUGGUCAGACUGAAGCGCAGAUUAAUUGUGCACGAGUUGACAAAUCAUGAGGUAAAUCAGUCUAAACAACAAUGCUUUGUCCCUCUUUUCAACACUUUUGUGUCAAUAUGUUUUAUUAAACCGACUCAAACGUGUCGGCAAAUGCCAGCUCACCACACUUGCUGGCGUUCCUGCUGUGCUAAUGUCUGCAACAUGGAAAUCGCCACAUGAAGCUACAAAUGUGCUCCCGAGUGGCGCAGCGGUCUAAGGCACUGCAUCUCAGUGAGUCAUAAUAACCCAUACACCAGCGAUCAUCAUGGGGCCAAAUUUGUGGACUGCAAAUUAACCGCAAGAAGCCCAAAUGGAUAUUAUAUUUGACUAAAACAUAAUUUCAAACCUUGCUUACUUUUGUAUACGAUCACAUAUACUAUAUAUACAAAUGUCUGUGGACAUCCCUUCAAAUUAGUGUAUUUGGCUAUUUCAGCCACACCUGUUGCUGACGGGUGUAUACAAUCGAGCACACAGCCAUGCAAUAUCCAUAGACAAACAUUGGCAGUAGGAUGGCCUUACUGAAGAGAUCAGUGACUUUCAACGUGCCACAUUUCAAACAAGUACGUUCGUCAAAUUUAUGCCCUGCUAGAGCUGCCCCGGUCAACUGUAAAUGCUGUUAUUGUGAAGUGGAAAUAUCUAGGAGCAACAACGGAACCAGCCGCAAAUGGUAGGCCACAGAAGCUCACAGAACGGGACCGCCGAGUGCUGAAGCGCUUAGCGCGUAAAAAUCGGCUGUCCUCUGCAACACUCGCUACCGAGUUUCAAACUGCCUCUUGAAGCAACGUCCGCACUAGAAAUGUUCGUCUUGAGCUUCAUGAAAUGGGUUUCCAUAGUCGAGCAGCCGCUCACAAGCCUAAGAUCACCAUGCGCAAUGCCAAGCGUCGGCUUGAGUGGCGUAAAGCUCGCUGCUAUUAGACUCCUGAUCAUUAGAAACGCGUGAUGAAUCACGCUUCACCAUAUGGCAGUCCGACGGACGAAUCUGGGUUUGGCGGAUGCCAGGAGAUCGCUACCGGCCCGAAUGCAUAGUGCCAACUGUAAAGUUUGGAGGAGGAAUAAUGGUCUCGGGCUGUUUUUCAUGGUUCAGGCUCCUUAGUUCCAGUGAAGGGAAAUCUAAACGCUACAGCAUACGACAUUCUAGACCAUUCUGUGUUUCCAACUUUGUGGCAACAGUUUGGGGAAGUCCUUUUCCUGUUUGAUCAUGACAAUGCCCCCUUGCACAAAGCGAGGUCCAUACAGAAAUGGUUUGUCGAUUUGGUGUGGAAUAACUUGACUGGCCUGCACAGAGCCCUGACCUCAACCCCAUCUUUGGGAUGAAUUGGAACGCAGACUGCGAGCCAGGCCUAAUCGCCCAACAUCCGUGCCCAACACAUCUCUGUAUUAUGCGUGGGAAUACUUUGGAAUAGAUUUCCAAAAUUAAAAUCACUUGGAGCUGAUUUGCUGGUAUUUGUAGUCUAAUGUCCAACAAUUUUAAAACGACAUUUAAAAAAUGUGGCUCAGAAAACUUAGGGGCGGGGGCAGAUACAAUCACUGGUGCUUACAGGGAUGUCCUCCUAUACCAGGGGUCUGUAGAGUAGACCUAGCACCCCCACGCCAGAGGGAUCCCUCUUUGGGCAUGUGGGGAGUUCUACUCCUCCUGGAACAGCACAUGGCCGGAGAAGGAGUGACAUCACUGUACUGCCGUAAAUGACACUCUAACCUCUGUGCUCUCAUUCCAAAAGGCUUGCCUGACCUUUGACCUGGUAGUAGAAAGGAACACCAUUCAUUACAUCACAUCUUCAGUAAGCCCUGUAUUGGAAUAUACUAUGCCCGUCUCCUUUCAUCAACCAAGGCAGCUAUCCAAAGUGUUUUUUUCCCCUCUGGUAACUACUAGCUAGCCAGUCUCUGUGGCCCUAGCCUGCAGUUUGAGUGACAGCGACACAGACUGGCAGUUUGUGUUGUGACACAGUGCAAUUCAAUCUGGUGUCCCUCUGGCUCUUUGGCCAUCUCUCUCUCUCGCUGGGGCCUAAGAAAGUGGCAGCAGUAGAACUUAAGUUAUUGUUAGAUUGUGUAGUAUAAGGGAAUCUGAUGCUAUAAGUUGUGUAAGGGCUUUCAGUAUGCAUAACGCCUGCGCUGCCUCCCGAAAGGUUUCCUUUCCAGCAGGUGAAACUCCCUCUGCUCUGACACUCACUCUCCCUCUCAGUCCCUAAUGCAACUGCCAGCGACCUCUCGGCCCCAUAUAAGGCAGUGUAACACUGAGCACCGUGGCAACCUCCCUCCACUACUCCCAGCUUCAUGGAGUUUAUGGCACUGUGUGAUAGAUCUGUAGAGGGCUGACUGAUGGAUGGGCAACAGAUUUGGAGGAGGAGUCUCUUGUAAUGGCGGCUGAUCCAGUAUCACCCAACUUUCUCCAGUAGGGACGGUCGUGUCGUGCACUUUUGAUUUGCGUGCCUGCUUGUGUAGUCGUACCUAGAGCUGUGACAGUCAUGGAUUUUUGGAUAAUGGUAAUUGGCCAGCCAAAUUACUGCGGUCACCGUAAUAACCGUUCGAACAGCAAAAAAAAAAUGUACUCAAGUUUUCUCCUCCGCUGUUGACUGACUGAAUGUACCGCAAUAGAAAUCAAAUGAAUAAUACAGGCGUCCUCAUUCAAGUCAGAGACCAUAAUGGGUGGACUGGCGACCAUUGCAAGUGUACGCAUGGGAGCAAAGCAGGAAGUAAAUGAAGGACUUGUACCCAUCAAUGUGCUGUGAUUUGUUGAUUCAACUCGACUAAUAUUCCAUUGCAUGAGCCACAUCAGUUAACAUCAUUUGAAUAAACAUUCUACAUUUCAGCAAGGAGCAACAACGUUUCAUCACGUUGAGUCCAUGUUACCGCAGAAAAGGACUCAACCGCACUAAAGUCCCGCCGUCCUCUCUUCAGUCAGCUGUUCGUUCCACAGUUAUUAUUCUUAUUAAACGGUUGUGCUGGUUAUUUCAUUUUCAAGACUCUAAAUCCGUAACCAUCGGUUACAAGGUUAUACAGUAAUUUGUGGCAGCCCUAGAGACCUGUUUUUACCUUCUGACGCGCGCACACACAUCAAGAUUUUUCUCUUCUUUUUCAGGGGUUCAUCAAAGAUGUCCACGAAGACUCACUCACAAUAGUAUUUGAAAACAAGUAAGUUGUCAUUUACACAUGUGACAUGUGUAGUAGCCCCUCCUAUUUGUGAGUUACUGAGUCACAGGUUUACCCUAGUUAGACAUCCACCCACACCAGUCUACCCACGCUGCUCAAGUCAUCGCUCUCCCCCAAUCCCUUGGCUUAGUUUUACCCUCUUUUCCAGAAAUCCCAGUUUCAGCACCACCAGUGCUUGGGACACAGCUGUCCACAAAACCCUUUAUAAUCCCCCCCUUCUGUAACUCCUACCCUGUCCCGUCUCACUAACCAAACCCCUUAAUAUUUGACCUCAAAAUAGGGUUAACCUGUGUACAGUUCAACCCUAUUUUAUCUGCUAGCUAGCCUAUAUUAAAAUGAUGAACCCCCUCACUUGCAAUGAGCGUAAGUAUCUUUCUGUGAAUUUGAAGCCAGUAGGUUGAACUAAGCCGCAGUCCAGUGAGCUGUUUUUAGACCGAGCUCUCGUUUUUAGUGUUUUAUAUAAAAGCACACACUACCUACUCAAUAUCCUAGUUCUGUAAUCCACUGACGUUUCUGAUUAUUCUAAUCGUCCAACUUUCACUUUGCCUUUACACACAGUCUUCCUGUAGAUAAAUUAUCUACUGUAGAUAAAUGAUCUACUGUAGAUUAUAGGGCCGUCUUAAGAUCAUUACCGUAUGUAAUUGAGUUACACUCCAUUAAGUUUAUGGCUUUUCCCCUUGUAAACAUUACACCCUUUCUCUUUCCCUGGCCUUCAAUGACUGUCGCCAAGAGAUUUAUCCAUCAGCUAGAGAACAGUUUCAGGCAGCAGGACUAUUAAGCCUUAUGUUAGGGGUUGACACUCUCUUUUGGGUCUGUCUCCUGUGUUCCUUUAGUAGUACUUUCAUUACGCUCUAUGUUCUGGAAGUUUCUGCUACACACACAUGUGCACACACACACACACACCAGGGCUCUACACAUACUUUUAAUUAUUUUUAUUUUACAAGGAGCACAUGUGUGCCUAACUUAAAAUGGAGGCGCACACAAAGUCAUUUAGGAGCACAAUGAAAAAUAUUUGAGGUAUUAAAGCUAAAUUAAAUUCCAGGUCGCACAGCAAAAUAUUUAGCUGCAUAUGCGAGUAAAAUGGUGGCACUGUAGAGCCCUACACACACACACACACACACACACACACACACACACACACACACACACACACACACACACACACACACACACACACACAUGCAAAUGCACAGGCAAGAGAAAGUGUUGAGGGCAGUGGACCUUUUUCCUGUUAUAAAUCACAUGACCGGAAGAGUAUUUCAGCCUAUGUUGUAGUCGUUCAGGUUUCUCCUGUUUGUAAGAUGGCUGACCGGUGUGUGUUUUGAUUGUUUCCCCCCAUCACUCUUCCUCUCUUCCUGUCCCCCUAAAAAGCUGGCAACCAGAGAGACAGCUGCCCUUCAGUGACGUGCGGCUGCCGCCCCCAGCCGACUACCACAAGGACAUCGGCGAGGGAGAGGAGGUGGAGGUAUGCCAGGCUGCUCAUGUCCCCAGACCCCUCGAUCUUCCUCUAGGGUUGCAAAACUGAUUCUAGAAACGUUCCAGGAAUCUUCCAACUGGGAGUUCUGGGGUAAAUGGGGAAUUUGGGGAGCUUUUCUGGAAUUGACCGGAUCAGGAAACUCCAGGUCCCUAUCUGUGAUGGUUUCGACCAUCUGUUGAGUGAACUACCCACACACCCACCUGUGAUGUCAUACAGAGUCCCAUACCACACAUUAAUCCAUAUCACUAUCAGCGGUUUAGUUUGCUUCCUCCACCAUGAUUCCAGUCAUAGCUGGAGAUUACUACCCAUGAGGCAAGUUCCCUGCUAGUCCAGAGUCCUGUUCACCACGUCAGAGUGAUGUAGAGACGGAUUAACCCCGGUCCAAUUUAGACACAUGAUUAGCCAGCUAGAAUUUCAUUCAUCACAGCAGCACUCAUCAUCUCCAUUGAGACAAACUCAUCUCAUUGUCCAUAUAAUUUAUAUAUAUCUCAUACAUUUACAAUUAUCACUUUCCUAGAGGUUUUUCACACCUGAAAGUGAAGUUUAUGGUUUAUACUACAUGAUAGAAUUCAGAAUAAAUAUUCCUUCUUUUUGUAAUUAUCCAGUUAUUUUCCUCUCAUUUUUCUGGUACAAUCCUUGCUGUAUGCGUCCCUAAGCAGGUAUUAGGGUUGCAAAAUUACGGUAACUUUCCCAGGUUUUCUAGAAAUCUUGUUUGGAAGAUUCCUGUAUACUGGAGGAAAUGGGCCUAUACAGGAAAUCCAGAAUUUCUUGAAAACCAGGGCGAUAGUGGAAUUUUGCAGCCCUAUCAGGUAUAAACUACUAUCUCUGUCCAGUUUUAAUCGUCUCUCCUCCCCAGGUGUACUCCAGGGCCAAUGAGCAGGAGCCAUGUGGCUGGUGGCUGGCCCGGGUGAGAAUGAUGAAGGGAGAGGUGAGUCAGGGACUGGUGAGUUAGGGGUCGGGUGCACGCUGGGGCCGGCAUGGGGUCGGUAGGGUGGGGGGGGGGGUCACGGUGUGUGUGUGUGUGCAUAAGGAGUCGGGUUUCACUCAUGUGAACAGAGGCAUGAAGAAUAUCUCUGAAUCUCAACCAAUACACUUUUUUUUUUUUUUUUUGUAGCUGAUUAGUCCUCUUUUCAACAUCAAGAUCAGUCCAAGUUGAGGCCUCGUGCUGUGUGAUUCUAGAUACAUUUGGAUCAGUGAUAAAGGCUUGUUGAAAUGUCCGCUUUGUUGAGUGAUGAUUUUAAUACUGGCCUUAGAGCAUGGCGUGUUCUCUCUCUCUCUCUGUCCCUCUAUCUCGCUCUCAUUCUCUUGAGUCAGAGGGGACUAGGAAAAUGACUUUUUCAUUAAUCAAAUGAAUAAAACCUACGCUGGAUGAAAUUUUACAGAGAAGUGCCAUUUCUGAUUUUACUUUCCCUAAAAACCCUAUAAAUCUUCAAUGUGAUGGAGAAAUAUAUUGUCUGUGUGGAAUGAAUGAAUGCAGUCUAGGUCUGUUUUUGAUUUGUUGCUGUGUUUGCUCACUAGGUAGUUGGGUAGUUGUAACUUGUCUAGCCUAACAGAAUAUAGCCCUACUUAUUAUUUGGCCCGUAUAUACAUAUGGGUCUGUCUAUUGAUUUAAAUACUCUUUAGCACUACUUUUUAUUUCUCUUGCCAUUUCUCUAUCUCUGAGAACCCAUGUCUCUAUUUUAACCUUUCAGUUCUACGUCAUCGAGUACGCAGCCUGCGACGCCACAUACAACGAGAUUGUCACGCACGAACGCAUUCGGCCCGUCAACCCCAACAGCCCCUCCUCCCGAAACUCCUUCCACAAGGUCCCCAUCACUGUCCCAGAAGACCUCCGGGACAUGUGAGUGUCUGACCCAAGCACUGCACUACACCAGCCUCACCUGUGGUGGCGCUGUAGCACUGCACUCAGACUGAACGUCUACGGAGUAUAAUGCUUUGACAUGAAAUGGCAAACCUAUUCCGUAUUUAGUGCACUACUUUUGACCGGGCCGUCUCGCACAAGCCAAGGCCCGUGCAAGGCUACAUAUACUUAUGUAACGUACUGCACUAUGUAGGUAAUGGGGUGCUAUUUGUGAGGGGGUUCUUGUUAGACAGUUAAAGACAUUGAAAUGUUGUCAUCUGAGCUUUGUCGUGUUUGGGUAGACCAAUGGCCUCUCACAGUAGCUACAUAAUGCACUGUUAUUGUUCUGAGUAACUGUGGAUUCACCCGGAGUUUAUUGUUGGACCAACAGCUGUGCGAACGACAACAUCCACAAAGACUUCAGGAAAGCCAUCGGAGCCAACUGUAUCUUCUACAGUGCAGCCUCACAUGAGCUCAUCGUGCUGGUCAGUAUCACAACAACUGCUGCUUCCAGGGCCUGUAUUCACUAAGCUUCUCAGAGUAUGAGCGCCGAUCUAGGAUCAAUUUAGCCUUUUUAGAUCAUUCAGAAGAUUAUAUGGACGGGGGGUGGGCGUCCUGAUCCUAGAUCAGCACACCUACUCCCAGACACCAUUUUUACAAGGCUAGUCUUAGUUUUGUGCUUUUUUUCUGUCUUUCUCACGCUAAUUCUCUCUCUUUCUCUAGUCAACGAACGAGACGUCAGUAAAGCGUGCUGCUCUCCUGAGCGACAUGCACUUCCGCAGCAUCCGUACCAAGCUCAUGCUCAUGUCCCGCAACGAAGAAGCCACUAAACACCUUGAGGUACAAACACACACCAUGUUCAUUCAAUUAAAAUGGAACUUGGAGAGCAGCCAUCAACAUGUAGAGACAUACACAUUGACACCCUAUUCUCCUUGCCUCCCAGACAAGUAAGCAGCUGGCGUCAGCGUACCAGGAGGAGGUGAAGGUAAGGGAAGACCUGAUGGGUCUGGCCAUCGGCUCCCAUGGUGCCAACAUCCAGCAGGCCAGGAAGGUGCCCGGUGUCACCGCCAUCGAACUGGAGGAAGAGAGCUGCACCUUCAGGAUUUACGGAGAGGUGUGUAGGGGUGUCCUGUUUAGGUGAGAGAGGGGUCUUGCUGUGUGUGUCAGGCUGUCAGUCUUAUAUAAUGGCUUGUUGUUUGCGUUGCAGACCCCAGAAGCAGUGAAGCUGGCCAGGGUUUUCCUGGAGUUCAAAGAAGACUACUUCCAGGUGCCCAGGAACCUCGUAGGUGAGUUGAAGCCCAUACCCAUGAUUUAGUCAAUCACUAAAUGUCCUUUAUAUACAUGUAUUGAGAAACAAUGAUACAAUCUCAAUUGUGCCAUCUUUUAUAAUUUCAUAUAAACCUGACUCGUCCAACUAAUCCUUGGUCUCCAAAUGGCCCCCCCCCCCCCCCCUCCCAGGCAAAGUGAUCGGUAAGAACGGCAAAGUCAUCCAGGAGAUCGUAGACAAGUCGGGCGUGGUGCGGGUCCGGAUCGAGGGGGACAACGACAAAAAGCUUCCCCGGGAGGAGGUAGGCAGGCAGGGGGCUGGCAGAGAAGACACUGCCCCUAAACAAGAGGUGAAUGGAGCGCUGCAAACAUCAACCGUAACCGUACCAGGGUGUUAGUUACCGCUUCUCUGUUUCCACCGUCGCCACCACGGUCUCCCCUGUACCUCCAUCUUCUCUCUGUCAAAAUUCUGAUAGCUUUCCCAAAAUGUCCAGAGAUUCUGGUUGGAAGAUUUCUGGAAUUAGGAGAGAAUAAGCAAGAAAUCCUUCAACUGGGAAUUCUGGAAAACCUGGGAUUUUUUGUUGAAAAGUAACCAGAAUUUUGCAGGCCAUAGGCUCUUUCUGUAGGCUGUCACAGUUGUCCGUCAGUUGUCCCAUUUUCAGUUUCCACAGCAUGUCUGUACUGUACGUCACCCGUUCUAGGGGGGGUUGGCUGGGGUCUCAUCGGUUGGUGUAUGUCUGUUCAGUGUGCUUUCUUGUGAUUGUGAGCAUACAUGCAAGUUUCCUAAAAUUCAUUCAAAGUGAACCCUCUUUCAUUCUGCGCAUUUCUACAUCAACGUAAAGACAUCGGUUCUUUGGCCCUUACGAAAAUGUACAAAUGUCCAUGAAUAAACAUCAGGACUCGCCCACCUCAAAUUCACAAUGAAGCACUCUCCACUAGUAGCCGUUUGCUCUACAAGUCCACUGUCUUACACCCUCCUUCUCUUCAGGGCAUGGUCCCCUUUGUCUUUGUGGGAACUAAGGAGAACAUCAGCAACGCCCAGGCCCUACUGGAGUACCAUGUUGCCUACCUACAGGUGAGAGACACACAGGCAGAAACCCAUACAGAGACCACCAGACAAAUAGGCACUCAGCCCUCUCCUCUGCUCAUGUCAAUCAAACCUCGGGAUCCCUCUGUUACAAUAUCACUGUGGCUUGACAGACCUUUAGAUUCCCUACUCAGCCACAGUGCCUUCAGAAAGUAUUCACACCUCUUGGCUUUUUCCACAUUUUGUUGUUACAGCCUGACUUGUAUUAGAUUGACAUUUCAUGAUGUCAAAGUUAAAUAGUUUUUAGAAAUGAAUUAAAAAUGGAAAGCUGAGAUGUCUUCAGUAAAUAUGUAUUCAACCCAUUUAUGGCAAGUUCAGGAGUAGAAAUUUGCUUAAUAAGUUGCAUGGACUCUGUGCAAUAAUGUUUAACUAUUUUUUUUUUUUUAUAUAUACCUCAUCUGUACAGCACAUUUACAAUUAUCUGUUUUAAGGUGCCUCAAUCGGGCAGUGAAUUUGAAACACAGAUUCAACCACAAAGACCAGGGAGGUUUAACAAAGCCUCGCAAAGAAGGGCACCUAUUGGUAGAUGAGUAAAAAAAAAAAAAGCAGACAAUGAAUAUCCCUUUGAGCAUGGUUAAGUUAUUAAUUGCACUUUGGAUUGUGUAUCAAUACACCCAGUCACUACAAAGAUACAGGUGUCCUUACUAACUCAGUUGUCGGAGAGUAAGGAAACCGCUCAGUGAUUUCACCAUGAGGCCAAUGGUGACUUUAAAACAGUUUGAGUUUAAUGGCUGUAAUGGGAGAGAACUGAGGAUGGAUCAACAAUAUUGUAGUUACUCCACAAUACUAACCUAAGUGAAAAGGAAGCCUGUACAGAAUACAAUAUUCCAAAACAUGCAAAAUUGCACUAAUUUAAAACUCAAUAUCCUGAAUACAAAGCGUUAUAUUUGGGGCAAACACAACACAUCACUGAGUAUCACUCUUCAUAUUUUCAAGCAUGGUGGUGGCUGCAUCAUCGGUAUGCAUGUUAUCGGCAAGGACUAGGCUGUUUUUAGGAUAACUCUAUUCCGUUUCUUAAAGCACAGGCAAAAUCCUAGAGGAAAACCUGGUUGUCUGCUUUCCAACAGACACUGGGAAACAAAUUCACCUUUCAGGAGGACAAUAACCUAUAACACAAGCCCAAAUCUACACUGGGGUUGCUUACCAAGACAACAUUGAAUGUUCCUGAGUGCCGUAGUUACAGUUUUGACUUAAAUCACUUAAUCUAUGGCAAGACUUCAAAAUGGCUCUCUAGCAAUGAUCAAUAACCAACUUGACAAAGCUUGAAUAAUCUUUAAAAGAAUGAGCAAAUGUUGUACAAUCCAGGUGUGCAAAGCUCUUAGACUUACCCAGAAAGACUCACAGCUGUAAUUGCUGCCAAAUGUGAUUCUAAUCUGUAUUGAUUUAGAGGUGUGAAUACUUUAGAUUUAUGUAUUUCAUUUUCAAUAAAUUUGCAAAAAUGUCUAAACAUGUUUUCACUUUGUCAUUAUGGGGUAUUGUGUGUAGCUUGAAUGCAGGCUGUAACACAACAAAAUGUGGAGUAAGUCAAGGGGUAAGAAUACUUUCUCAAGGCACAGUAUAUGUUGACCCUAUAUGCCUCUGAAUAUCUAUAGUAAGCCUAGGCACUGAAUGACUGGGCCAAUGGCCUGAAUAUACACGCAUGGUAGGCGUUCCCCUUACCCACAGUUGUAGGAUCAGAUUACCCCCCCCCCCCCCCCCCCCCCAAAAAAAAAAAUCAUAACCUUAACCAUUGAAUGGAAUGAAAUAAUAUCUGACCCCGAAUCAGGAGCAAGUUCUAAUCUACCUACUUGUAUGGACACGUGGAAACUAGUGUCUUUCAAUAGGUGAUGUUCUGUGUACUGUACACUCUGUAUGGGGACAGAGGGUUAGAGGCCUUUGUGGGGUGGUUGGAGGUGCCAGAUCAUUCCAGAUUGGUCACCUGUCCCCCCUCCAUCCGCCCUUCACCUCAUGUGAAAGCUGACGAGAGUUGCUUCAUUUUGCCCUUACCCUGUGUGCUUUUAUAAAUAGUCCACUACUCAGGGUUGGCAAGAGGGGGUAGCGGUGUAGAUGACAGGAUAUCUGGAGCCUAGCCUCCUAAAAUAACGCCUCCGCCCCUCUACCCAUCCUUGCACCCCCUUGCUCCUGGUCAGCCACCUCCCACAAGGGUCAGCUGUUGUUCAGCAGCUGUCGCAUUCUGAAGUGACACCCUCAACCACCACACCUAACCAAAAGGCCCCAGUAAACUGCUGUCAGUGUACUUGAGCCACAGCCCUUCCACCCACCCACCCACCCUCUUGCCCAUGCUGCAGAACUGAAAAAGAGAGAUCAGUGCAUUCCAAGAUGAAGUUGGUCUAGAAAAUGCACGAAAAAACAUCUCCAGAUACUAAAAUUUCACGUCAAACUGUUGCAAUAUGGCCCAUAGAGCUCUCAUCAAAAGUAGUGCAUUAUAUAGGGAAUGGGGUGCCAUUUGGGAUGCAUCCUAAAUCUAGCUGGGUCCUGUAUGUUGCAAAAUAAAUAAAAUAAAUGGUUGCCAGUCAAGAGCUAUGCUUUCUAUCUAAAUUAUAUGUUCUAAUGAAAAGACUAGGCGGCCAGUACAUGGCAAUAAACUUUUAGUGUACUAUUAACAGAAUAUAUUUACAUAAGAAUACAUAUGGGAGCAGUCAGCAUAGUACAUCAGGACGCACCAGUGCAACGCGUUUUGACUACUAGCCUUCCUCAGGCAGUGUAUGUUCUAACGUACUCUGCCCUAUAGGAAUGUGUCUCGGAUGUAUGUUCUAACAUGUACCUCUCUAUCUGUGUCUAACAGGAAGUGGAGCAGCUGCGUCUGGAGCGGCUGCAGAUUGACGAGCAGCUCCGUCAGAUCGGGGUGGGUUAUCGUGCUCCCCCUAGUCGGGUCGGGGGCACCGGUCCUGGGGACAGGGAGAAGGGCUACCUGACGGACGAGAGCAGCAACUCCACCAACCUCCACACCUCCCGCAUCUACGGAGGCCGUGGCCGAGGACGUAGGCCCUCCAACAGCCAGUACUCUGGAUAUGGUGACUAGACUACAACUCCCAUGAUCCCUCACUGUUUGUCAGAUUCUGACCUAACAAACCUGGCAUGCUGCUUAUCUGAAUAAUUCAAUUGCCUUUCUGCUUAAAGACAGUGAAUUGUUAGUGGUUUGGUUCUGUGUGAUAUUAGUUGUUUGCAGGCUACACUCUUAGUCUUCAGGGACGAUGAUCUGGUUCAAUUUUGAGCUUUGGUACAGUGAACACCAACCAGUCUGACUCUAGUAGGACCACACCUUCUCUCAUGGGUUUGCUGAUGAGUUGACUGGUACAUACACAUACUUGGACUACCAGUAGAACAUCCCACAGGGUGGCAGGUAGCUUAGCGUUUAGAGCGUUGGGCCAGGAAUCGCCGAGCCGACAAGGUGAAAAAUCUGUCGAUCUGCCCUUGAGCAAGGAACUUAACCCUAAUUGCUCCAGGGUCGCUGUCAAUAAUGGCUGAUCCCUGGCCGUGACCCCAGUAUGCGAGGGUGUCUCGGAGUGGGAUAUGCAAAAAAACUUUACAUUUUACACCACACACUGUACAGGUUACACAAUUGUACAUGUGUGAAAAAGGACAAAUAUUAGCACCCUCUAUUUGACAUAGACCCACCCCCCCCCCCCCCCCCAUCUUACUCUUUUCUCUCUUUAUCCUCUGUUUUUGCUCAUCCCUCGGUCUAUACCAUUGUCUAUAUGCUGUAUGUCUCUGUCUGUGUUCCAGGUACCAACUCUGAGCAGUCCAAUGCCUCUGAGUCUGAGGACCUCAACGAGCGUGACCAGCGGCCCCGGGGCGUGGGUGGAGAUGAGAGGGGCUCCCGCCGGGGCGGCAGGGGCCGUGGAUCCAACACUGGACGGGGCCGCGGAGGACCAGCCUCACGACCUACUAACUCAAUCAGCUCCGGUACAACACAGCAGGCUAAUAGUCCAAGCUAGGCUACUGGGUCGUAUUCAUUAGGCACCAAAUGGGAGAAAACUGACAGAAUUAGGGAAGUACUGCCUGAAGUUGUCCAAUGAGAAACGCUUGUUUGCGUAUUCUGUAGCAAAUAGUUUUUCUACAGUUAGCCCUAAUGAAUAGGACCCAGGUGAAACUGGCAUCUUCCAGGUCAAACCCCAUUGUCUAGUUGUUUCUCAUAUGACUGGAAGGUGGUCCAGUUUGAUAUGGUAGCCCUUACUCUCUCUUAAUCUCUUUCUAUCUCUCUCACAUUCUCUCUGUCUUUCUUUAUCCCUCUCUCUGUGCUCCCUCUCCUCCCCCUGUCCAGUGCUGAGGGACCCGGACAGCAACCCGUUCUCCCUGCUGGAGGGUGAGAGUGAGCAGGGUGACACAGACGCUAGCGAGGGGGUGGGAGGGGUAGACCUCAGGAGACGCUCUCGCCGUCGCCGCAAUGACCAGGAGCCCAGUGUGAUGGACGCCGCCGCCACAGAGUCAGACAGCCAGGCCGGACCCAACGAGAACGGACUGGGUAGGAGGCCUGGAGAGGCGGACAUUUUGUAGAACGGCAGAUGGUUAUGCUGUGAGGCUAGGUUGAAGUAUUACAACGUUUAUUUUCUCAUACCUCCGGUCUCUUUUUUUUUUUUUUACCAGAUGAGCAGGGCAGACCCCAGCGCCGCAACAGGAGCCGACGUCGCCGUAACCGUGGCAACCACCCAGAGGGAGGAUCCGCCAGCUGUGACAGACUGCCAGCUGAGGGUGAGUAAUGUGUCAGACCGUCCCGAACCUCCCUCCCUGUUGUCAGUCUGGACCUUGGAGGAGAAUGCUCUAGUCUCUCCUGGAUCCUUCCUUAGUCUGGUCCCCCCACUGUGGAGCACUGGUUUUGGCAUUAUACUGAAUCUCCUGGUUAGAUCACUGUUCUCUGGGUUGUUGGUUCUGCAGUGACCGUGGCAGACUACAUCUCCCGCGCUGAGUCCCAGAGCCGACAGACCCUUCCCCAGGAAACCCUCGCUGUUCCCGAGCCCAAAGUACGUACGCGCGCGCACACACACACACACACACACACACACACACACAGAUAUCAGCUUUUAGUGACUUGUUAAACUGACCGUUUUCCUCCUCUGCUCUCCUUCCUCAGGAGAACGGGAGCAGUGCCAAGAGGGACGAGCACACGGCCCCCUCAAAGCGUUCCCCUAGCAACGGCAUGGCCACACCCAGCGAGACCCUGGUCAACGGCGUCUCGUAG